AUGUGGAGCAGCGUCCAUAAGCACAACUGCCUCCCCAUUCACACUUUCAUUGAAUUCCUGGAAGCUGAGACGGAAUCAAAGCGUGGGGAUGCCCCAGGAAGCAAGCAGCAGCUCCACGCAGAAAGGGGCAGAAGCUGGUGGGAAGAGGCGUGGAGAUGGGGAAGGAGGAAAAGGGCCAAGCAGGGCGCUUGCGAAAGGCACGGUGCACCUGUUCAGCUCUUCUGCAUCUCCGGUGAGGCCCUGAUUUGCUAUCGCUGCCUUGACUCGUCAGCUCGUGCGGGGCACCAGUUCAGCUCCUUGAAGGAUGCUGCUCAGCGUUACAAGGAGAAGCUGGGUGAGGCCCUGGAGCAUCUGGGCACCAGAAUUAGGACACUUGAAGAGAGGGAAGAACAGCAAAUAGAAAAAAUAUCUUCUUUGAGGGCCUGCACGGCAUCGCUGCGUGGCGGCAUUGAAGAGAUGUUCACGGAGCUGCACCAGGUGCUGCACGAGCGGCGAAGGGUGAUGCUUGUCCAGCUGGAGGAAGACGAGCAGGCUGCACAGGGCGAGAUGGGCGUCCGAUUGCGGCUUCGAGAUCCGAGAGAGGCUUCACGCUGCCAAGGAGGCCAUGAGCCAGGAAAAGACCCACUCGGAACUGGACAACCCAGGUGCCAACUGUUUGGGUAUCCAGCAGUUCCUGGAUAUGUAAGUACCACAUUUGAGUGUCUUUUUGAGCCACUGGUAAAGCACAGCUUAAUAUUUUUCUAUGCAUAUCUAGUAGCUGGUUUUUCCUCCAUGAAGCAGCAUUAAAACAUGUCUGCUUGUAUCUAUCCCAAAAGUGAUAAAAUCC